CUCCAAACUGCGACUGUUGUAAUCCGUGGCCAUUUUGAAACACCAAUAGCAAGUUAGUCUUGGUGUAUUUACAAACACACACCACCAAGAUGCUGUUUUCGUUAUUUGGCAAGGAUAUUGCUAUUAACUUUCCACGCAAUACGUCCCCACUGGAGAACGGCCGAGGCGUGGUCUGGGAGAAUGCCGUGGUGACCAGCUACCCGGCCAGCUCGUUCACCCUCAGGUCCAUCCUCUCGUCCUGCCAGACGGCGCUCUUCAAUGGCGGGAAAACCAUCUUUAGACCUAAUAUACAUAAAGUGGCAGAAAGAACUAUCGUACUGGAGAGGACGGAAGCGGAUGAAAAGUUUGUUGUAGAGCCGGGAUUUAAGGAUGAAAGUGAAAUGCCGUCAUCAAAUAUUUUCCCCGAAAUAGAGUUGGAAGCUUUGAAGCCCGUUGGUCGGGGCGAUGGAGACUUCGGUGAGGACAACAUCAGUGCACAGUCAGUAUAAGGUGACCAAACAUCAGAGUACAGUUAUAAGGCCCCUAGUGAAAAUCCAGUCCAUCUACUCAUCAACUGUUUAAAGAACCCACUUUAUGAAAAUCCAGUCCAUCUGCUCAUCAACUGUUUAAAGAACCCACUUUAUGAAAAUCCAGUCCAUCUGCUCAUCAACUGUUU